CGAGGGCUCAACUUCCUUUGGUGAAGUGGAUUUACUUGAACUUGAAGGAAAGAAAAAAAAAUGUCUCCACUUCUGAGAAGCAUCUUCAAUAUCACUGAAAUGUUCAAUCAAUAUGCCUCACAUGAUUGUGAUGGGGCAGCACUAAGCAAAAAAGACCUGAAGAACCUCCUUGAAAGGGAAUUUGGAGAUGUCCUUCGGAGACCACAUGACCCUGAGACAGUAGAUCUGAUCCUGGAACUUCUAGAUCGAGACUGUAACGGGCUCAUCGAUUUCAAUGAAUUCCUCCUGUUCGUUUUCAAGGUAGCUCAAGCUUGUUAUUAUGCUCUCAGCCAGGCCUCCGGGCUGGAUGAGAAGAGGGCCAAGUGUGAGGGAAGGGAGAACCCAUUACAAGAACCCAGGCAAGAGGACCAAAGGAGAUUCGAGCCCCAGGACAGACAAUUAGAAGAACGCAGGCAGAAAAGGCAAGAACUGGAGAGGGAACUCGCUGAGGAAGAGAAGCAGCGGCUGCAGAGGCGAGAACCGGAAGAGCGCCUUGAGGAGGAAGAGCAUCUGCAGGGGCGCAAGGGUCGGGAGCUAGAGAAAUUUACUAACCAAGAGCAAAGCCAAGAGAGGCGGGAGCAGCGAGAACUCCAGAAGGAAGAGCAGCUGCAAAGGCUAGAGCGCCAAGAGCAACAGGAGCGGGCGCUCCAGGAAGAGGAGCAGUUGGAACCGCAGAGACUCAAGGAGCCGCGCUUGCCGCAGGAGCUGAGGCGCGUGCAAGAGAGACGCGAGCAAGAACUGAGGCGCGAGGAGCAGCGCUUGGAGCAGGAACUGCGGCUCGAGCAAGAGGAAAGACGUGAGCAAGAACUGAGGCGCGAGGAGCCCCGCUUGGAGCAGGAGCUGAGGCGCCAGCAGGAAGAAAGGCGCAAACAGGAGCAGAGGCGGGAGCAGGAGGAGAGACGCCAGCAGCUGAGGCGCGAGCAGGAGAGACGCGCGCAAGAACUGAGGCGCGAGGAGCAGCGCUUGGAGCAGGAACCGCGACUUGAGCAGGAAGAAAGACGUGAACAAGAACUGAGGCGCCUGCAGGAGGAAAGGCGCAAACAGGAGCUGAGGCGGGAGCAGGAGGAGAGAUGUCAGCAGCUGAGGCGCGAGGAGCAGCGCUUGGAGCAGGAGCUGAGGCGCCAGCAGGAGAGACGCGAGCAAGAACUGAGGAGCGAGGAGCCCCGCUUGGAACAGGAGCUGAAGCGUGAGCAGCAGCUGAGGUGUGAGCAGCAGGAAAGACGCGAGCAGGAGCUGAGGCGCGAGGAACAGCGCUUGGAGCAGGAGCUGAGGCGCGAGCAGCAGCUAAGUCGUGAGCAGGAGGAAAGACUCGAGCAGGAGCUGAGGCAGGAGCAGGAGGAGAGACGCCAGCAACUGAGGCGAGAGGAGCAGCGCUUGGAGCAAGAGCUGAGGCGCGAGCAGCAGAUAAGGCAGGAGCAGGAGGAGAGACGCGAACAGCUGAGGCGCGAGGAGCCGCGCUUGGAGCAGGAGGAGAGACUCGAGCAGCAGCUGAGACGCGAGCAGGAGGAGAGACGCGAGCAGCGGAGGCGCGAGGAGCCGCGCUUGGAGCAGGAGGAGAGACUCGAGCAGCAGCUGAGACGCGAGCAGGAGGAGAGACGCGAGCAGCUGAGGCGCGAGGAGCAGCGCUUGGAGCAGCAGCUCAGGCGCGAGCAGGAGCUGAGGCGCGAGGAGCCGCGCUUGGAGCAGGAGGAGAGACUCGAGCAGCAGCUGAGGCGCGAGCAGGAGGAGAGACGCGAGCAGCGGAGGCGCGAGGAGCAGCGCUUGGAGCAGCAGCUCAGGCGCGAGCAGGAGCUGAGGCGCGAGGAACCGCGCUUGGAGCAGGAGGAGAGACUCGAGCAGCAGCUGAGACGCGAGCAGGAGGAGAGACGCGAGCAGCGGAGGCGCGAGGAGCAGCGCUUGGAGCAGCAGCUCAGGCGCGAGCAGGAGCUGAGGCGCGAGGAACCGCGCUUGGAGCAGGAGGAGAGACUCGAGCAGCAGCUGAGACGCGAGCAGGAGGAGAGACGCGAGCAGCGGAGGCGCGAGGAGCAGCGCUUGGAGCAGCAGCUCAGGCGCGAGCAGGAGCUGAGGCGCGAGGAACCGCGCUUGGAGCAGGAGGAGAGACUCGAGCAGCAGCUGAGGCGCGAGCAGGAGGAGAGACGCGAGCAGCUGAGGCGCGAGGAGCAGCGCUUGGAGCAGCAGCUCAGGCGCGAGCAGGAGCUGAGGCGCGAGGAACCGCGCUUGGAGCAGGAGGAGAGACUCGAGCAGCAGCUGAGGCGCGAGCAGGAGGAGAGACGCGAGCAGCUGAGACGCGAGGAGCCCCGCUUGGAACAGGAGAGGCUGAAAGAGCAGCUCAGGCGCGAGCAGCAGCUGAGACGCGAAGAGCCGCGCCUGGAGCAGGAACUGAGACGCGAACAGGAAGAGAGACUCGAGCAAAAGCUGAGGCGCGAGCAAGAGGAAAGACGUGAACAGCUGAGACGCGAGGAUCCCCGCUUGGAACAGGAGAGGCGGCAAGAGCAGCUGAGGCGCAAGCAGCAGCUGGCUGAGGAGGCGGUGGAACAGGAAGAGGCCCAAGAGCGGGGCAAGAGCCGCACCCCAAGGUGGCAGUGGCAGCUCGAAAGUGAGGCAGAAGCUCGUCAAAGCAAAGUCUACUCCAGGCCCUGCUGGCAGGAGCAGAAGCACUACCCGGAGCGGGAGGAGAAGAGGCGGCGCCAGGAGCGCGAGCGGCAACUCCGGGAGCAGGAGGAGAACCGCCAGUGGCAGCGCGGGUUCCGGCCCCUCCGGGAGGAGCGCGAACUGCGGCUGCAGCGGGAGGAGCAGGCACGCCUGCAGAGAGAGGAGGAAGAGCCGCGCCCCGACUUCAGAUGGCAGUGGCAAGCUGAGAAAGAAAGCGAGAGGCGCCGCCAGAGGCUGUCGGCCAGGCCCGCGUCGCAAGAGCUGCGGGAGAAGCAGUUAAGAGCGGAGGAGCGGCAGGCGCGGGAGCUGUUCUGUGAAGAGGAGGAGCAGCGCCCCCAGCGACUCGAGAGGGAGCUGGAGCAGCAGGUCCGUAAGGAGAAGCAGCUCCAGUUGGAGGAAAGCUUCCAAGAGGACCGGGAGAGGAAGCUACACCAGGAAAAGCAGCGCCACGACCAAAAAUGGAGGUGGCAAGCAGAUGAGGAAAGCCAGAGACGCCGCCACACAGUGUACGCCAAGCCAGCUGAAAGAGAGCAGCUGAGGGAAGAAGAGCAGCUGCAGAGGGAGGAACGCGAAAAGAGGCGCCGCCAGGAGCAGGAGAGACAAUAUCGGGAGGAAGAGCAGCUGCAGAGGGAGGAACGCGAAAAGAGGCGCCGCCAGGAGCGGGAGAGACAAUAUCGGGAGGAAGAGCAGCUGCAGCAGGAGGAAGAGCAGCUGCAGAGGGAGAGGAGGCGCGAACAGCGCGACAGGCAAUAUCUGGAGGAUGAAGAGCUGCAGCGCCUAGACGGGAAGCGGCAAUUCCAGGAUGACGAUCAGCGCGGUGAUCUGAAAUGGCAGUGGCAACCAGAAAAGGAAAAUGAAGUUCGUAAUCAUAGGGUUUACUCCAAACGCAGAGAGAACGAAGAAAAGAUUCAGGAGGACGACAAGAAGUUCCGCCAGGAGGAGCAGCUCCUGCAAGAAAGGGAAGAACAGCUGCGCCGCCAGGAGCGCGACAGAAAGUUCCGCGAGGAAGAACAUCAGCUGUGCCGCAGGGAACGUGAGCAACAGCUUCGCCAGGAGCGAGACAGAAAGUUCCGCGAGGAGGAGCAGCUCCUGCAGGAAAGGGAAGAACAGCUGCGCCGCCAGGAACGCGACAGAAAGUUCCGUGAGGAGGAGCAGCUCCUGCAGGAAAGGGAGGAACAGCUGCGCCGCCAGGAACGCGACAGAAAGUUCCGCGAGGAGGACCAGCUCCUGCAGGAAAGGGAGGAACAGCUGCGCCGCCAGGAACGCGACAGAAAGUUCCGUGAGGAGGAGCAGCUCCUGCAGGAAAGGGAGGAACAGCUGCGCCGCCAGGAACGCGACAGAAAGUUCCGUGAGGAGGAGCAGCUCCUGCAGGAAAGGGAGGAACAGCUGCGCCGCCAGGAACGCGACAGAAAGUUCCGUGAGGAGGAGCAGCUCCUGCAGGAAAGGGAGGAACAGCUGCGCCGCCAGGAACGCGACAGAAAGUUCCGUGAGGAGGAGCAGCUCCUGCAGGAAAGGGAAGAACAGCUGCGCCGCCAGGAACGCGACAGAAAGUUCCGUGAGGAGGAGCAGCUCCUGCAGGAAAGGGAGGAACAGCUGCGCCGCCAGGAACGCGACAGAAAGUUCCGCGAGGAAGAACAGCAGCUGCGCCGCAGGGAACGUGAGCAACAGCUUCGCCAGGAGCGCGACAGAAAGUUCGGCGAGGAGGACCAGCUCCUGCAGGAAAGGGAGGAACAGCUGCGCCGCCAGGAACGCGACAGAAAGUUCCGUGAGGAGGAGCAGCUCCUGCAGGAAAGGGAGGAACAGCUGCGCCGCCAGGAACGCGACAGAAAGUUCCGCGAGGAGGACCAGCUCCUGCAGGAAAGGGAGGAACAGCUGCGCCGCCAGGAACGCGACAGAAAGUUCCGCGAGGAGGAGCAGCUCCUGCAGGAAAGGGAAGAACAGCUGCGCCGCCAGAAGCGCGAUAGAAAGUUCCGCGAGGAAGAGCAGCUCCUGCAGGAAAGGGAAGAACAGCUGCGCCGCCAGCAGGAGGAGCAGCAGAGGCGCCGUGGCCAAGUCUGGGAAAAAGGAGACUUGGGCAGUCAGCAGUCUCUGGAGCCUGGCAAGCGUCAGUUUGCCAGUGUCCCGGUGCGCUCCAGCCCUCUCUAUGAGUACAUCCAAGAGCAGAGAUCUCAGUACCGCCCAUAGGAGAUGCUGCCAAUAUCCGGACACCUACCAAAGCUUCCAGCAAAAGAAAAUGAGGAACACUGGAUACCAAAUGACUCAAAUGUUUCUGGUUGUGGGAGAACUCUCUGAUGUUCCAAAAUCUUUUUUUCCAAAACCUUAAACUACACUUAUUUCAUGAACCUUUUACUCUUGCCUUUUAUUCUUCCUGAAAUAAUUCUUUACUGCAGGGUGUCUUUGCUCUUUGGUGCAGAUAUGGUGUGCAUUUUUUUAAAACAUAAAUAAUUUGUUUAAGGAGUUCUGUUUGGUGAACGUUAAUCUGUUGCUUUCCAAAGUUGCAAGAAUAUAAUUUAAGAUUCAAAAAUAACUGGGUCUUUUUUUUUUUAAUAGUUGAUCCAUCGUUUGGAGAGUUUCAAUAUUUUUAAUGUUCAGUUGGUAUUUCUUCUUGAGCCUAAACGACAUUAACAUUUACCUCCAAAUAGACUGGCUUUUGUGACAUAAUUAGCACAGAUUCUGCAAGGGGACUGAAUUUUUACAACCUUGAAAAGCACAGGGGGAGUGACUUCUACAGAAAAACUCCCUCUGAAAUCAACCCCUAACUGGAAGAAAUAUCUGUUAUGAAGAAGGUUUAGCUUCAAGACUUAGAAUUUGAAUUAGAUUUUUUUUCACACUUCAUAAACACUUAAAAUAUCAUGGAGCAAAAGCAAGCUGUUUUUCAAACAACUCCACAGUUCAAAUUUUAAAACUCUCUACUGUAGUCUGUAGUGCUCAGUUUCUUUUCCCCCAGUCUUUGAUGAGUUUGAGAAUUUUACUAUCUUUGUUCAUUUUAACUGAGAAGGAAACUGCUCAGGAUCCUGUAAGCAUCUAUUUAGCUCUAGAGCCAAUAAGCAAUCACAGCAUUUGGGGGGAGAGAAAGGGAAAUUUUGUGAAAAGAAGGGCAAGUUCCUAGAGGCCCUUAGAUAAGACCCAUCAUCCCACAAUCCUUUGAGGUCUAUUGAUACUACCUUGGAGAUGUUCUUAUUGAAAUGAUUGGACUAUGUAAAAAAUAAUAAAUGUU